UUUAUUUUGUGAGACGAUAGCGCAUUCUGUGUGUUUAGACCCCAGACCAAAUGUUAUUCCGUUUAAGAUUUAAACACGUUUCUAAGCAUAUUUAGAUCAAAACAUGGCUUGUAUGUGUUUACGGUCUAAACACAGAUUUGUAGUGUAUAACGGAUGGCUAUGUUUCUGUUACAACAUAUUAUUCCAGGAAGAACCACCAGCUGAACACCAGUAUGCCAGGAAAAGAACCAGGGAGCGACUGUCCAAGACACCAAAACUGGACUGUGGCGCAAAACUGCAUGUCAGAGAGACGCUGUGCUUUCCAUAUGAAAAGGCCGAAAAAGGUGACAGAAGGAAAAGACGGAAAUACGCAGCUGGUAUAAAUAAAGCAUUGGGCGAGGGAAGGCUGACCGAAUAUCAGUUUGAACGACGCUUUAUUGUUUCAUUUCCGAGACCUGAAGACCAUUUAGAACACCCCACUGCCAAGGACAUGCCAUCUACUACUCUGGAAGUCGAAGAGCAUCAAGUGUCGGCUCCAGUCGCAGAUCGCGACUCAAGUGGAACAGCGUCAGCUGUGGAUCAGAAGCGGGUGCUGCGGUCAAGGUCGAAGGAAGAACCACCAGCUGAACACCAGUAUGCCAGGAAAAGAACCAGGGAGCGACUGUCCAAGACACCAAAACUGGACUGUGGCGCAAAACUGCAUGUCAGAGAGACGCUGUGCUUUCCAUAUGAAAAGGUGAUACUGCAAUCCACAUGUUGGAUUGUAAAGAAUAACAAAGUCGGUUCAUGAAUAUUUCAGGUGCAUAUAUUUUUCCACUAGGUCCUGAAAAAUGAUUUGUAUCCGAACCUAGAAACAAUUGGAUAGCAUUCGAUUUAGGUAUCUCGUCACACAAACGUAUGACAGUUAUAGACAUAUGUUAUCAAUUAGAGAAUGAUAAAAUCAUGAGCGACUUAUGAUAUGGCAGAAUCGUCAAAAUGUUAUAUAUAUUUGAAGAAAAUUACAACAGGGGAUUCGGAUGAAAUAAAAUAAAUAAAGCUGGAUACGGCGGUGUUAUUUGUACUGUAAAGGUAACACUUUCCAGCUGAUACAGUAAACAGCAAAAUGCU